CAGCGCAGUGUGAUUUGCAUGCAGCCUCUAUAAGAUCAGACUCCCUCCCCCUGCUGGAUCAUUCGUCGCUGUUUGCAGGAACAAGUGAUCAGGAUGCCUGAACCCGCCAAGUCUGCGCCCAAGAAGGGCUCGAAGAAAGCCGUGACCAAGACGGCCGGCAAAGGAGGCAAGAAGAAGAGAAAAACCAGGAAGGAGAGCUACGCCAUCUACGUGUACAAGGUGCUGAAGCAGGUGCACCCCGACACGGGCAUCUCGUCCAAGGCCAUGAGCAUCAUGAACUCGUUCGUCAACGACAUCUUCGAGCGCAUCGCGUCCGAGGCUUCCCGCCUGGCUCACUACAACAAGCGCUCCACCAUCACCUCCAGGGAGAUCCAGACCGCCGUGCGCCUCCUGCUGCCCGGUGAGCUGGCCAAGCACGCCGUGUCUGAGGGCACCAAGGCCGUCACCAAGUACACCAGCUCCAGGUAAACAACCUGUUUACCGUCAACACAACAAAGGCCCUUUUAAGGGCCACACAAAUGCAACUUUGAGCUGGACUCCUAUUUUGUUUAAUUGAAACAUUGCUUACAAUUUUGCUGCUGAUCAUUGACUUUUAAAGUUUAAAAUGUUGC